AUGAACUCAGAAACAAGUGUAGUGCGUGUAAUUCACUUGGACGACUUUACUACCGAAUAUUCUUUGAAAGAGUUUCUAUCAACAUCAUUAUUAUUGGGUGCAAUUAAAAAUGUUUUUAUUAAUAAAGAUAAUGAGCUACAAAUAGUUUUUGCAUAUGUCAUAUUUGAAUAUAGCCGAGAUGCAAAGACAGUUGUGAACAGACUAAAUGGUUUUUGUUUUCAAAAUAAAGUUGUGGAGAUUGAAUUAAUAGAUCCCAAUUUACCGUACAAAAGAUAUACUAAGCAGACUAGUGAAUCAAAUUUUUCUCCAAAUCCAACCAAUCGUUUACAAAGAAGAUUUAGAAAUCUAAAUAUAACAUCUCCAAAGAAAAAUCUAGAUAGGCAGUCCAGUGAACUAGGUAUUGAUCCACUCACCAGAUUACAUGCCAAAAUAAAUUCUACUAUUAAAACUGGGAGCCCUGGAGAAUAUAGAAAUAUUUUACAGCCUGCAGCUACAUUUAGAAAUACUAGCCAACCAGAGGAUAGUACAGUGAAUUCUGGUAGAUUUAACAAUGGAGCAUCUUCAGCAGUAAGUAAUAUUGUAAAAGCUAAAAAUGAUAUGCCAUCAAGAGUAUCUGGUUCAAGUUCAUCUGCUUCACACUUAAGACAGAAGACAAACACUUUUAAUAGAAUAUCAAGGAAAGCAACAAAUAAUGAAAUACAACCACAUGUUUCUACUAAACCAGCAGCAAAACUUAGAAGUACUAUAUCAUCAACAGUGAGUCAUCCAGAUGAUUCUACUAGGAUCCAAACACCAACAACUUCUUUACCAUUAUCUUCAACAGUGCAUCAGUCAACUGAUUUUGCAACAUCGACUUUGGUAAACCAUCACUUAAAUACUUCUACUAGAGCUAAAUUACCAGUAACUUCCCCUUCUUCAUUACCUUCAGCAAUGCUCCAACCAAAUACUUCCACUAGGGCACAAACACCACCUACUUCUGCAUCAUUAUCUUCAGUAAAACAUCUCUCUAAUGCUUCUAGUAGAAUAAAAAUAUCAAAAACUUCAUAUAGACCACUAACACCAACACCUUCUCAUUCUUCAUUGUCUUCAGCAGUGAAAAAUACUUCUACUAGAGCACAAACACCACCAACUUCUGCACCAUUAUCUUCAGUAAACCAUAUCUCAAAUGCUUCUACUAAAGCUGAAACACCACCAAAUUCUUUACUGUUAUCUUCAACAGUACACCAAUCAACUGCUUCUACACUAGGAACUUGCCAGCCAUCAUCUUUGAUAAAGCAUAAAUUAAAUACUUCUACUAGAGCUCAAACACCAGCAACUUCUCAUCUACAUUGCCACUUUCACUUCAUUGCCUUCAGCAGUACAAUACCCAAAUACUUCCGCUAG